UGUCCUUUCUAAGCCACCGUAGUAUGAUGUCACAAUCCAAGAUGGCGCUCCCCUUGCGGACUAACUUGAAGCAUCUCCUCGGCUUCAUUCAGAAGUUUAAUUCCCCGAAAAGAUUCCUCUGUGUGGAGCGUAGUGCGGGACACAAGGAGCCUCCAGGAGAUGGCCGCGUAUUCUCAGGGAUCCAGCCAACUGGGGUGCCCCACCUCGGCAACUACCUAGGCGCCCUGGAGAACUGGGUGGCCCUACAGAACCAGUAUCCUUCAGUGCUCUACAGCAUUGUGGACCUGCACUCCAUCACCCAGCCUCAGGACCCAGCCGACCUCCGGAGAAACAUACUAGACAUGGCAGCCAGCCUGUUGGCUUGUGGCAUUGAUCCAGAGAGAGCACUACUCUUCCAGCAGUCUCAGGUGUCGGAGCACGCCGAGCUCUCCUGGAUCCUCGGCUGUCUGACGACCAUGCCCCGCCUCCGUCACCUGCCGCAGUGGAAGAUGAAGAGCAAAGCAAAAAAUGAAGGCAGCGUUGGUCUCUUCACAUAUCCUGUCCUCCAGGCCGCCGAUAUUCUCCUCUACAAGUCCACUCACGUCCCCGUCGGAGAGGAUCAGAUCCAGCAUUUAGAGCUGGCUCAGGAUCUCGCUCGCAUCUUCAACGGCCGCUACGGAGACCUGUUCCCUGCACCCGCCGCCCUGCUCAGCUCCACGCGAAAGGUCAAAUCCCUACGUGACCCUUCGUCCAAAAUGUCCAAAUCUGACGCCCAGGCGUUGGCGACGAUCUCCAUCACAGAUUCUCCCGAUGACAUCGCCUUCAAAAUUCGCCGUGCUGUCACCGACUUUACCUCUGAGGUCACCUUUGACCCCGAGAAGCGCCCAGGUGUGUCUAACCUGGUGACGAUCCACGCUGCCAUGGCGAGGACGAGUGUGGAGGAGGCGGUGUCGCAGGCCAGAGGGUUGGACACCAGUGCCUAUAAGAAGGUUGUAACUGAGGCUGUGAUCCAGAGGUUGACGCCCAUCAGGGAGGAGAUCGAGCGUCUGAGGUCGGACCCCGCUCACCUGGAAGGACUGCUGGCCCGGGGGACCCUCAGAGCUCGGGAACUGGCUGCACCGGUUCUCAGAGAGGUCCGACAGCGGGUGGGAUUCUGCUGAGAGGCAGCAGGGCGAGAGAAUAAAGACUCUGUUAUUUGAGCCUUCUGUCUUUUUCUCAUUGAAGUGAAUGAGGAGGCUGUGUCAGAGUAUUGGUCCAAAUAUAAGAAUGUACUACGCACUCAUUUGAAAGACUUUGCAGCGUAUUUAUCUGCCUUUUAGUGUUGGCUCCAUCUGUUUCCCCACACAAUACAGAACUUCCCUUUUUAUAUUCCUUCCAAUAUUUUCCAACUGCCAUGUCAGCAACAUAAUAAACUGCUGCAAAACACCAGUGACACAUUA